CGACUCCGAUUAGCUCCGUUCGCCCAAGCUCACUGUUCAAUGCGAGUACCUACUUCCAAAAUUGAAGACGACUGCAAGGAAUCUGGACACCGUUUCAGGCUAGGUCUUCGUCUGCGCAGCCCGUAUAAAAAGCCUGUCGUAUCUCGUGCCCUCACCGGACAGCUGUGUAUGCCACGACACAGUCAGAGUGCUAGUUGGGACGGGAGUGAGGACGAAGGCAUGAGGCCAAGUACCUCAAAAUUUGCAGCCAUGCGAAACGAAGGACGAAGCGAUACUGCCGAAUACAGAGCGAAGCGCGCCCUUUGUCGCAUUCUUGAGGGAAAAGGAUGGUCAGCUUCUGAUAUCGUUCGGAACGCGGGUAUAACACCAGGGACCGUCUACCGCGCGUUGAAGAAUAUACGCGAAAUAAAUCGCGUGGAUGAGAGAAUAAUUGAACAAGGUCGCGACGAUGUCGCCCAGGAUGAAAACUGCGUCGACAAGAACCUUCUAGCGGCGUUGAUUGCGAAGUAUGGCGCCAACCGCGACAGUGGGAUAACCAGUCCUACAUAUAUGGCAGCUGAUACUGACGAUGGCACCAAGUCAAGCUCAGAACAAGCAGACAAGUCGAAAACGAUGCUGAGGAAAUUAACUGCCUCUGAACGAGCUUUGUGUCGUAUACUCCGACAGGAGCAUCAUUGGACGUUUAUCCAGCUCGCAGCGGCAUUGGGUGCGCCUAGACCAGGCGGUCGUUCGCCAGUGUGUCAAGCGGUCAAGCAACCGGGCUCAGACGAUGUAUCGAAGGACCAUGAGAUAGUCGAUAAAAUACAACUCGCCAAGCUCGUUACACAUCAAGUCUCCAAGUCACCUGCGGGGAAAGAAAAGCAAUAUGUGCAUUCGACUCCUAACCAAUCGGAUCGAAAUACUUCGCGGUUCAAGCCAUACAACACUCCCACCAGAAAAAAAUCGAGUCAUCGAACGGUCUCCAGCAUUCCUAUUGCUUCCCCCAACAUAUUCUCGCCCAGUCCUCCCCAAAUGCAUGCGACGACUAAUCAUGCAGAUGACUGUCGUCCAGAGUCCUAUAACGCCCAUUGUCUCGCACAAUUCCUCGCAAACGUUCGACCUGGGAUCAAUCUUUCCUCCCACUACGACUUGUUCAUCCAUCGGGGUAUCGACACUAUUAGCAAAAUACGUGCGUUGAAGACCUGGGAGGAUGCUGAUUUGCGUGAAGCGCUGCUGGAGUGGUUUAAGACUGGGGAAGGGUUGGAAGGAUUCGUCCCGCUCAGCGACUACGAACUGCUCGCUCUCCGGCAAGCAAUCCGAAAAUUGUAG